AAUCUUGAAUCUGGUGUGAAGGGAGAGUACAACCCUAGGAAAAACCAACCAAAGUUUGACAUAAAAUGGCAAAAAACCACCCAAAUCCCAAAAGGCUUAAAAUGACAGUCGUAGGAAAAAGGAAAAACCUUAGGCCUAUUUGGACUAUCCGACCAAAACGCGUUUUUCUUGUUAGUUGCAGGGACUUGGAUAUUGUUUUUCAGCUCUGUUUGAAUCUUGAUUUGGUGAGCAUAGAAUUAGUGCUGGAUUUCAAUUCUUGUUGACUUGUUUGUAGUUAAUGAGGGGAAGUUUGACUUUUUUCUUGGUAUUGGAUUGUUUGGUUGAAGUAUCAAGAUCUUGUUGAUUUCUUGGGACAUUAUAGAGCUCUAUGAAAAGAAAGAUCUUAGUGUAGGAAGGAACUACAACAAGGGGUAGUGUGUACGCACACCUUACGAGUUUAGGAAGGAACUAUAGGAACAAAUGGGGAACACUUGUGUAGGACCAAGCAUUUCUAAAAAUGGGAUCUUUCAAUCAGUUUCAGCAGCAAUGUGGCGAUCCCGGUCGCCCGAUGACACUGCUUCCACCACUAAUGGUGAAAGUGCUAGAAUUGAAACACCAAUUUCUGUUAAAGAACCUGAUUCACCUUUGCCAGUUCAAGAGCCACCAGAACAAAUGACAAUGCCUAAGUCAGAAAAGAAAGAAGAAGAAAAAGAACAACCAAAAAAGCCCAAAAAGCCUGCUGAAAUGAAGAGGGUGUCAAGUGCUGGCCUUAGGACAGAUUCUGUGUUACAAAAGAAAACUGGAAACUUAAAGGAGUUUUUCAGUAUAGGAAAGAAAUUAGGACAAGGUCAAUUUGGAACUACAUUUAAAUGUGUCGAAAAGGCAACAGGGAAGGAAUAUGCUUGCAAAUCGAUUGCUAAGAGGAAGUUGUUAACAGAUGAUGAUGUGGAAGAUGUUAGAAGGGAAGUACAGAUAAUGCACCAUUUGGCAGGACAUCCUCAUGUUAUAUCGAUAAAAGGUGCUUAUGAGGAUGCUGUAGCUGUUCAUGUAGUUAUGGAGUUUUGUGCUGGGGGUGAGCUUUUCGAUAGGAUUAUUCAACGGGGGCACUAUACAGAAAGAAAAGCAGCUGAGCUUACUAGGACUAUUGUUGGAGUUGUAGAAGCUUGUCAUUCUCUUGGUGUCAUGCAUCGUGAUCUUAAGCCUGAAAAUUUUCUCUUUGUUGAUCAGAAGGAGGAUUCACUUCUCAAAGCAAUUGACUUUGGGUUAUCGAUAUUCUUCAAACCAGGCGACAGAUUUACUGAUGUUGUUGGCAGUCCAUAUUAUGUUGCACCAGAAGUUCUCCGAAAACGUUAUGGUCCUGAAGCUGAUGUUUGGAGUGCUGGUGUAAUUAUCUACAUCUUAUUAAGUGGAGUACCUCCUUUCUGGGCUGAAAAUGAGCAAGGAAUAUUUGAACAAGUCCUGCACGGUGAUCUUGACUUCACGUCAGACCCAUGGCCAAGUAUUUCAGAAGAUGCAAAAGACUUGAUGAGGAGAAUGCUCGUUCGAGAUCCGAGAAGACGUUUAACUGCACAUGAAGUUUUAUGCCAUCCUUGGGUACAAGUUGAUGGUGUGGCUCCCGAUAAGCCUCUGGAUUCUGCAGUUCUGAGUAGAAUGAAGCAAUUUUCUGCAAUGAACAAGCUCAAGAAAAUGGCUUUGAGAGUCAUUGCUGAAAGCCUAUCCGAAGAAGAAAUUGCUGGUCUUAAAGAAAUGUUCAAGAUGAUAGACACAGACAAUAGCGGUCAAAUAACUUUUGAGGAGCUCAAAGAUGGGUUAAAACGAUUUGGCUCUAAUCUGAAGGAGUCCGAGAUCUAUGAUCUUAUGCAGGCAGCUGACGUUGAUAACAGUGGAACAAUUGAUUAUGGUGAAUUUAUAGCUGCAACAUUACAUAUGAACAAAAUUGAAAGACAAGAUCAUCUUUUUGCUGCUUUCUGUUACUUCGAUAAAGAUGGAAGUGGCUACAUCACUGCGGAUGAGCUUCAACAAGCUUGUGAAGAAUUUGGCAUUGGGGAUGUCCGCAUGGAAGAAAUGAUCAGAGAAGCUGACCAAGACAAUGACGGGCGCAUUGACUACAAUGAGUUUGUUGCUAUGAUGCAAAAGGGAAAUCCAGUGCUAGGUGGUGGCAAGAAAGGUCUAGAGCAUAGUUUCAGCAUUGGAUUCAGAGAAGCAGUAAAACUAUAGAGAGCCUUGAAGAGGAAUUUUUUUCUUCCUUAGUGUUUGUCUAUUAUUUUCUUGUGGAAAUUUUUCUGUUACUAGGAGUGUAUAGUAAUUAGCUAGUGCUUGCUAAACAGCAUCUUUGUUUUCCAGUGCACUUUUCAAUUCUUUCCAAUUUUGUGCAAUUUUUCAUUUAAUUAUCUUUUAUCUGGCAGUUAUACCCUACUGAGUAACUUGUUUAACAUGGUAGUAACAACAUUCAACUUCAUCCUGUUUA